CUUAAAUGUCAUUCGUCAGAAGUUUUCCUUGUUUUGCAGGGGAAUACACUUAAAACACACACAACCAAAAAUGGAAAUGCGCGAUCGGCUGUACCAAAUGAUGGUGAGCCAGAGCUUCAUGUCCAGAGCCACGGUGACCGCGAGCAUGGCCAAUUUUGCGAUCGGUAAUCUGAAGAGUUCCGAUGCUGUAGAAAAGACGGUGAUCAAAAUUCUGCUGGCGAUCGAGGAGAAGUACCGGAGUUACUUCGACAGCUAUAAGAAGGAGCUGGAGCUCCAGAGGAUCGCGGCAGAAACGCUGCACCAGCUGAUCCAGCGCUACAAGAUCACCAUGCAGCUGGACACGGGCUGCACGUGUCCGCAGAUCUAUGAGAUCGAAUCGGAUGAUGCGAUCAUCAACAAGUUCUACAUCCACUACCAGGUGAUAGCCAGUUCCAACAAGAACCAGUGUUGGGCCAUCCAAAGCCUGCGUCCGUAUGUGCUGGUCUUUCGGCGCGAAUGUGCCAAGUUGAAUAAGCACGAGGAGAGCCCCUUCAUCCUGGGCGAUGCCUUCCACAAGCCCAUCCAGUUCUUCAUCGACCUGGUGGAGGAGCUGUUCGCAUACUUCUACAGUGCACACUUACAGCUGGAUUGCGCGGCGCGUCUGUUGGAUCCCUUGGAUCUGAACCGCAUGGAGUGCUACAUGAAGCUACUGGAGCCCAACGAGGACUUCGCCGAGUACUUUCUGCACAACAUAAGCUUCUGCAAGUGCAUGCGGCCGCCACCGAAUUGUCCGCCGUACGAGCACCAUCAGAAGAUCAAGGAUCAGUCCGACGCAUAUCUCAGCCAUGCCAAGAAGAAGCGGUGUGCCAGGCGGUUCGAGAGAAUGGCCCAGAACGAGGCACAGACUGCGAAGCGGGAAAGCUGCUCGGUGGAGCGGAAAAUGUCCACUGGCAGCCCGAGGACGACCAGGAGCCUCAGUCGGGAGGCUUCUGUUAUGGAAGAAGUCGUUUCCGUAUCCAACCAGCGACAUGAACGCACCCUGACGGAUCAGCUGAUGUGCGUCCUCAGCAUUUCCCCCGAAUGUACCCACGACAACACCAACCAAUGCGUCCAUCAAUUAAUUGGGCCAAAUGCAGGUGAUUCUCCGUUUCUCGGAAAUGUCUGCGGAAAUGUAGUUAUGCCAGUUAACCCAGCACCUUGAAUAUUUGUGGCACGCAAAUGGGAGUUGCUUACCAAGUAAACUUCAAAGAUACUUUCAGCUGAGCACACUCGAUACUCAAAGUACAUCAAUUAAAAGUGAGCUAAAGUUUUCACUUCAAUCAAGUGAGACACUUCAAAAUUUGUUGUCAGGUGAAUCCAAUGAAGUUCUUUCAAGUUGGCUUUAAAAUUAACAAUGUGAUUCGUGAUUGAACAUUAUAAUCUGUAAUCUGCAAAGCUAACAAGCAAAUAUAAUAAAUUCAUUUAUAAAUUCA